AUGCUCAAAUGUCUAAGUUGCGGAGGGGGAGGUGGUUGUGGUUGUUGUUGUCCAUGCUCUUGCCAACCCUGCUAUCAACCAUGUUGCUGUUGCCAAGGUUGUGGCUGUAAGUCUGGAAUUCUCGACUCUUGCUGUUUAAUGUCGCAGACGGGUCUACAUACAGACCGUGUCUACCCGUUCAUCAAUAAUGACGCCAACUGGAGCAAAUUUAAAGAAGUGCUGGCAAUGCCGAUGGCUCAGGGCAUGUCUUCGAAAAAGGACAUCGCCGACCGGAAAAGCUCAGACUCACGAACGCCAUGUUCAAGUUCGAAAAGUCAGUCCGCAAAGUCGUCCUCUUUCAUUGUUGACCAACAAGUCGCUCCGCUAAAGUCACUUUGUAAGCAAACUCAAGGGCUGGCACAGGCGCCAUUCGUGAAGUCGAUUGCCUCCAAAUUGAUAUCAAGCCUAUUGGAUGAUCCAAUAAAUGGUACAGAUUUUUCCAGUCUCCUGGGUGACGGAGAGCUUAGCACGUUUAUUCGACUCUUUCUGAACGAUGAAACAGCAGCCAAGCAAAAGUGUUGUCAGCUGAUGAGUAGUAUCCAGAACAUCGACGAAAACCUGAUCAAACUGCCUUAUUCAACGUCAGAGUUGAGAGGACGAGAAAGACAAGGUCAGCAUAACUUACAAUUGAACCAUCGACAGCGACACAAGCGACUCUUUCAGAGUGGUAGAAGAGGUAGGGAAAAUCUGCGAAAGAGGAAGCGGAAGGUAAAUGAAUCGAAUCAUUCUGGUACAGUGAAGCAGCACCGGAAGCAGAAGACCGAAAUGGUGCAGCAACCCGAAAUUGUUGAAGAUCCCGUCUACAGCAGCCUCGGAGAUUACAGGCAUUUUGACUCACCAACAUGCAAUUGCCCACGCAGUAACCGAAAUGACCGCAAAACAAAAGAAGCAACAGUGAAAAAAUCGAAAAAGAUUAAGAAAAGAGACUCAUUCUACGAAAAAGAAGAAGGAGACGAGGAAGGGAGUGUGGAAUAUGAGACUGGAAACUAUGCCACCGGGAUCCGUGGCAAGAGCUCGAAUCAUUCGCCAAAAUGGUUACAACGCAUCUGGCGUAAGAUUCGUCCGAGCAGAUCCCACCGCCAGAACUUGAAGGCUGUUUCCACGUCGCAGAUUAAAUUUGCUGAAUUGCCCUCAUCCCUGCCUGAAGCAGAG